AAAAGAGAACAAUCUCAAUCUUAAUCUUAUUCAAGAAUCACAAAAAGGUAAAGAGAGAGAUUCAUUAGAAAAAUGGCGAUCGUGGGCCCUCAAUUUUGCGCACCGUACCCGGUAGAUUUGGGUAUCGUACGUAAGGUUAUGACGAUAACAGACGGUAACUUCGCCGUCACAGACGUCAACGGAAACCUCCUUUUCAAAGUGAAAGAACCAUUGUUUAGCCUCUCCGACAAAAGGUUCUUACUAGACGCUUCAGACAAUCCGAUUAUGACGUUGAGAGAAAACAAGGUGAGCCUGCACGAUAGGUGGCAAGUAUUUAGAGGGAAGAGUACAGACCAAAAAGAUUUGGUGUACACGUUGAAACGAUCGUCAAUGAUUCAAUUGAUGAAGCCAAAGCUAGACGUGUUUUUGGCUCAAAACAAGGAAAUGAAGAUAUGUGACUUCCAUGUUAAAGGAAGUUGGAUCGAUCGAUCAUGCGUCGUCUACGCCGGCAAAUCUGAUGCCAUUGUUGCUCAGAUGCACAAGAAACAUACCGCGCAGAGCAUAUUAAUAGGGAAGAGUAACUUCUCGGUCACGGUUUAUCCGAACGUUGAUUAUGCUUUUAUAGUCUCUCUCAUUGUAAUUCUCGAUGACAUUAACCGAGAAGAUUCUGAAGACUAAACACACAAUUUUAAUGGAAUGAUUCUUGUUUUGUAAUAGUAUGAAAUAAGAAUUCGUGAAUCUUGAGGUUUUGUAUUGAUAUGAAUAUGAUAGGGCUUUUUGCAGAA